AUGUUGAGACCAUUUGCCAGCGGAGAACGAUCUUCAAGCUCGAACGUCGAUUACACCAACACCAUCAACUCUGCCAUUUCUAGCCUCCCCAAUUACAUCAGCUACGUCUCCAGCCAGCAGCAAUCGGCUCAGCCCCAACUACUGAACACUGACGGAGAAGUGGUUGCCUCCACGGGUCACCUGGGCACCACCACAGAAGUGAAGCCAUCAGGAGUGGUCAGCCAUGGCGUGAAAGGGGUCACUCGAUACCCAACUCAAAGCAAGGGAACUUCUCAGCAACCAGUCCAGCAACUGCAGGACAUAUUUUCUUCUCAGCCGGCAAACAUUUUCGGCGAUGGUUACCUUGAGCCGGUCGUUGUUGGCGGUUCCAGUAGUCCCUCAAAUGUAAUCACAGGUAUCCAACCAUCGGCUCCAAAGCGUUCCUGGCCUUGGUUUUUCAAGCAGCCCAGUCGAAAGACUUCUGGACAACAGGCAACUUCAGCGAACUGCUUCUGCAUUCCAAACGGCCUUCAGACGACAACGUUGAACCAGCCGCAUCUUUACCAAACUGAGCAGCAGCAACCACAACAGCAGACGCAGCACCAACAGCACACCCAGUCACAAUACUCCAAUGAAGAAAGCUCAGCUUUUGGCAAUGUCCGACCAGUCGAGCCGUCGUCUGAUUUCGAUAGCGAUGGCUCUAAUCCAGUUCCUCUAGUGGUGCCUGCUCCUUUGCAGGUGGUCAACGGACAGCAGCAACAGCAGCAGCAGUCACAGCAGCAGCAAGUGCAGCAGUCUCAGGUAGUUAACGGUGGCACUGGCGCAGACUUGCUAGCCAAUCAUCGUUCGCAGCAAUCACAGCCGCAGCAGCAGACACAACAGUUUGUUCAGCAGUUCCAGGCAGUUCCAGUUGUGGCCAACUACCAAUCGGCUCCACAGCAGCAGCAACCUGCUGAAACUGGCAACCAGCAGACCAACUCUGGACAGGUGGCCAGUGCCAACUAA